CUGGAUCAGUUUUGCUUUAUUUUUGCCCAAAUUCUUUUAGUUUUAUUUUCAAACAUCUGCCACGCAUCAUCGAAAAACGCAAACCCGCUCAAUGGCAAACUUCUGAUGAUUAUUCCUAUGUCGGCUUUAGUUCAGUACCGGUUCAACGAUUCGGCUAAACUUAAAGAGUACAUGCCGCGGACGGCGCGGAUGCAAAUUGAUAUCAUCAACUGGCUGGCGCUUCGCAAUAAUUUCACUUAUGCAAUAUUGACGACAAAUGAAACGACGCUAGAAUUACCCAUCAGCAGAAAUAACAAGGGUUCGAUGAAUUACUUGCUCGACGGGACUUGUGAUAUGGUCGUCAGAGACCUGUUUAUGACAAGCGGACGCUAUCGGCUGCUCGACAUGCCUUAUCCUUGGUAUCAGGGACCUGCCAGAUUUCUAAUUCCUGUUCCGGAUGCCCGUCUAAACUUUACAGCAGUCCUGAAACCAUUUCAGUUACAGGUAUGGAUCUGGUUGGUGGUUUCGCUUGCGAUCGUGAUUGCGACAUUUCAACUUAUUAAACAUUACCUACCACCUGUGCCCAGCACACCUGAUGGACUAGUCGCUAGAGUGUCUCAAAAACCAAUCCCUUACCUUUACGUGUUCGGCUUGCUUCUCUCCCAAGGAGGUCCAGUCAUAUCACAGAGAAGAGCCAUCCGAGUUGUAGCAGCCAUUUGGUGUCUAGCAGCUUUCGUUCUCAGCCAGGCGUAUAAUUCCACGUUGAUCACUUACGUCAUCGCACCUAACGAUAGUCCACUGAUCAAUUCCGUUUUGGAUAUUGUUAAUAACCCGAGCAUCCAUUUCCUUGUCGAGAAAAACAUGGGAAUGGAUGUCGUCAUAACUGGCUCGACGGAUGAGGAUGGCAUCUUUAGACGUUUACGAGACGGAAUCAACAGCUAUCCCGCAUCUCGUUGUUCUUCGCAAGCUCAAUGCAUCGAACGUGUUCUGUCAGGUGGAUCACAUGCGUUUUCUAAAUCAAUUGAGUACCUGUUGGACGUCAUGUUCGACGAUUUUCAAAAAACAGGACAAUGUCGUUUGCAAGUUUCCAAAGAAGGUUUCAUGAACUUCAUCAUAUCCUUCGCUCUGGCUAAACACAGUCCCUACACCGACACGAUUAGUAAAGGAAUCAUUGAUAUGAAUGGAUUCGGACUAAUUGAUCAUUGGGUUCAAACUUACCAAGUGAUGCCUCACCGUUGCUUGAGUAGAACAGCACGAAAACGACGAGAACAACCGCGACUGUCACUCAAGAAUUUGACCGGAGCUUUCGUUGUCCUUCUGACCGGUUACGCUGUUUCUUUCCUAGUUUUCGUGGUAGAGCGUUUACACGAAACUCGCCGUCGGCUUCACAAUCGUCUCGCCUCUGCCAAACCAGAGAAACCACCUGCGGCCAGCUACGGACCGGAUGAAUUUGUAUUCUGGUGAAAUUG